CUGGGACUAGAGCGUGCUCACAUGGGCAUGUUCACAGAGCUUGCCAUUCUGUACAGCAAGUACAAGCCGGACAAGAUGCGGGAACACCUAGAACUCUUCUGGUCCCGAGUCAACAUUCCUAAGGUGUUGCGCGCAGCUGAGCAAGCUCACUUGUGGGCAGAGCUGGUGUUCCUGUAUGACAAGUAUGAAGAGUAUGAUAAUGCGGUAAACACGAUGAUGCAGCAUCCAACAGUCGCUUGGCGCGAGAGCCACUUCAAAGAUAUCAUGACGCGCGUGGCGAAUGUGGAGCUUUACUACAAGGCCAUCAAUUUCUACGUUGAGCAUAAGCCUCUUGUGCUUAAUGACCUGUUGCUCGUUUUGUCGCCGAGGUUGGAUCACACUCGGGCCGUGACCCAGUUUGCAAGGGCCAAUCAGCUCCAGUUGGUGAAGCCGUACUUGCGCGGCGUGCAGAGCCUGAACAACAAGGCUAUCAACGAGGCCCUCAACAACUUGUUGAUAGAUGAGGAAGAUUAUCAGGGGCUCAAAACAAGCAUAGACGCUUUCGACAACUUUGACAACAUUGCAUUGGCGCAAAGGCUUGAACGUCAUGACUUGGUGGCGUUCCGUCGUAUUGCUGCCUACCUCUACAAGGGCAACAAC